GCCCGGGGUGGGGCGCGUUCCUGGUUGCCUUCGUGAGCUCUGAUCUCACCAGGCUCUCCCCAAGAUCGCCAGCUGGGUCUUCUCGUCUGCUCCCUCUGCGGUGGUCACAACUUGGCCUGGGCCUCUAGUGGAGAGUUAGCCUUCGGGGACAACAGGGACCCAAGGGGAAGAGGGAAGGAGAUUGCUGUGGUUCUGAGAGUUCUCCCUCCCCGCAGAGGUGAAGGGAGUGAGGCAGGCGGCGCUGAGUCCCUGGAGCCUGGCUCCGGGUCGCUGCCUGUGUUUUCGGAGCUGUGCGGGACUGCCUGGGACUUGGAUAUCCCUCUACGGCCUUGGGAUCUCCCGGGGACCUCUCCCGGAGGGCGUGCCGAGACAUGGAGGGCGCAGACCUGGCGGUGAAGGUCCUAUCCACCUGGCUGACGCUGGUGGUCGGUCUUAUCGUGCUGCCCUCGGCCUUCGGAUUGUCUCUAGGCAUCUCGGAGUUCUACAUGAAGAUCCUGGUGAAAACGUUGGAGUGGGCCACAUUGCGAAUUGAAAAAGGAGCCCCAAACGAGUCAGUUCUUAAAAACUCAGCUUCUGUGGGUAUUAUCCAAAGAGAUGAGUCACCCAUGGAAAAAGGGCUCUCUGGUCUUCGAGGAAGGGUCUUCGAGCUCUCUGAUGUGUUUUAUUUCUCCAAGAAGGGAUUGGAAGCCAUUGUGGAGGAUGAAGUGACCCAGAGGUUCUCCUCUGAGGAGCUGGUAUCAUGGAACCUUCUCACAAGAACCAAUGUCAACUUUCAGUACAUCAGUCCAAAGCUCACUAUGGUGUGGGUGCUGGGUGUUCUAAUACGUUAUUGCUUUCUGCUGCCGCUGAGGGUUACUCUGGCUUUUAUUGGGAUCAGUUUGCUGAUUAUAGGAACUACACUGGUGGGACAGCUUCCAGACAGCAGAAUCAAGAACUGGCUGAGUGAACUGGUCCAUCUUACCUGCUGCAGGAUCUGUGUCCGGUCCCUCUCUGGCACCAUUCAUUAUCAUAACAAGCAGUACAGACCCCAGAAGGGAGGCAUUUGUGUUGCCAAUCAUACCUCCCCCAUCGAUGUCUUAAUCUUGACAACGGAUGGAUGUUAUGCCAUGGUUGGACAGGUUCAUGGUGGACUGAUGGGAAUCAUUCAGAGAGCCAUGGUUAAGGCUUGUCCACACGUCUGGUUUGAGCGCUCAGAAAUGAAGGACCGACACCUGGUGACUAAGAGAUUGAGAGAACACGUGGCUGAUAAGAAAAAGUUGCCCAUAUUAAUCUUCCCUGAAGGUACCUGCAUCAACAAUACUUCAGUCAUGAUGUUUAAAAAGGGAAGCUUUGAAAUCGGAGGGACCAUAUAUCCAGUGGCAAUAAAGUAUAACCCCCAGUUUGGUGAUGCAUUCUGGAACAGUAGCAAAUACGGCAUGGUGAGCUACUUGCUUCGAAUAAUGACCAGCUGGGCCAUUGUCUGCGACGUGUGGUACAUGCCUCCCAUGACCAGAGAGGAAGGAGAAGAUGCCGUUCAGUUUGCAAACAGGGUUAAAUCUGCUAUUGCUGUACAAGGGGGACUGACUGAACUUCCUUGGGACGGAGGGCUGAAGAGAGCAAAGGUGAAGGACACCUUUAAGGAAGAACAACAGAAGAAUUACAGCAAGAUGAUUGUGGGCAAUGGAUCUCCCAACCUGGAACUGGACUGAUGUGCUGAGGAUGAACAUGGCUUCCCAGAACUGGCCUUUAGAAGUGAAGUUUUAUAACGUGUUUUGUUGUACUGUCUUUUGCUUAUUUAUCGUUAAUCUUUUCUACUGGAUGAUUGUCUCUACCUCUUCAUGCCAGAGGCAGGACCUACAGGUGCCCCUUUCUGACAUUUUUGUUAUAGUGUGGACUCAGUGAAUGGUAAGACCGAUUCUUGAGUGGAAACAGAUUCUGCCUUUUGUAAAAUGAUGUAUCAUUGAUGAUUGAAUGGAAUAUUUGUAUGUAAAGUGCUUCUACGAUGUGUUUGGAACUUGUUAAUAAGGCAUUUCUCAAAACAACUCCAAACUCUGCAGUUUGAUUUCCCUCUCCCUUUAAUCUCUUUUAUUAUUAUUAUUUUUUAUUUUUUUGAGACAGGGUCUUAUUUAUAUAGCCCAGGCUGGCUUCAAACUCACUACGUAGCCAAGUGGCCGGGAACUCUUGACUAUCUUGGCUCCACUUCCCAGGUGGAUUACAGGCUUGUGCCAGCACACCUAGCUGUGGGGUGACUCCACAGUGCAUUCCCAUUAAGGACACAAUCAUGGUUACAUUCUGCUAUACGGUUGAGAGAAAAAUGAGGAUUGUUUUUAGGGGAAAGGACAACUCUGUGGUCACUUGAUCUGAAGAGAGACUGGUUGGUUAGAUUCAUUUAAGAAACUAAAAGAGCUGCAUUUGUUCCCACAACACAUUUCAUCCAGCCACAGUGAGAAACGCAUGGUUAGCUUUUCUUGUUUGAAUACUAAAGAUCUCCUUUGUCUUUUUUUGUAACAAAACAUGUUUUUCAAAGGGAAGAAGUCUUUAGAAAAACAAUGAGUGUAUAUGGAGCUUGCCUCCUGUCCCCCCACCAACCUCACUGUAGUGGUUUAGUCCCAAACUUUCCCAGCCUUUUAAGCAGAAACCUAAGUGGUACGAUUACCUUUUGGAAACUGAGCCUUAACAUGUUUAAAGGAGAAACAAGCAUUCUCUGAGUCCAAUGGCAUGAGCAAUAUUUGAUAGCUAUGUAUUUCCGAUGUAAGCUCUUGAGGUUGUUAGCUCAAGAGUAACCCUGUACAGAAAGUGAACUGUCUUACUAUGAAUAAAUUUUAUAUUUUUAAAUGAG